CUAAAAAUGAAACACUGGUCAAGAUUGUCGAGAAGACUGCAUUUUUACCAUCGCAAAUACAAGUUUAUAAAGAAAUUAAUAAAUGAUAUAUGGAUAUUUGAUGGAUGUUUUCGUCAUUGUUUGAAUGUUUGAAUCAAAGGUUGUCACUCCGCUUUAGAGAGGCUGAGGGACAAAGUGACAGCGCUGUAAAGCUGAGCAUCACAUUGUGCAGUGUGUGGGGGUGACCCAUUGACUGGCCCGUACGCACUACUAUGGAGUGGCUUUGGAUCGCCGUGGCAACAUGUAUGUUCCUGUCCUGCUCGGUCAAAGGCAACGACUGGUGGUGGGCGUAUGAGGAGGGGAUACGACACUACAGCAAGGAGGCCCUCAACAAGGAGUUUCCAGAGAAAACUCGACCGGUGAGCUUCAAACAUCCCGUGUUCCAGUGCCCGGACAUGAGUCCUUCUCUCUCUGUCCCCUCCUCAGUUGAAUUUGUGAAGGCGGCAGAUAUCAAAGUCAUCGCUGCCCUGGGGGAUUCACUGACGACGGCCAUCGGUGCCAACGCCACCACUGUCCUCGGGAUUCCUAUUGAGUUCCGUCACGUGUCGUGGAGCAUUGGAGGCUACGGGUCAUUUCAGUAUGUCAUUACUUUGGCAAACAUCAUCAAGCUGUUCAAUCCCAAUCUGCUCGGCGCUGCUCCCGGCAAGACGGUUCACGGGAUGCAGGGUCAUAUCAGCGAAACGGGCUUCAACCUGGCUGUGACUGGACACAACACCUUCAACCUCCCCGGCCAGACGAGACAUUUGAUUGACACACUUCGAGGUUAUGAGGGUCUGAACUUCGAGGAGGACUGGAAGCUGUUGACCAUUCUCAUGGGCAUGAAUGACAUCUGUGAUUACUGCAAAGAUAAGGCUCUUUUUUCAGUGGACAACUUCAUUCACUAUAUCACGGUAUCCUUGGAAAUGCUUAUGAAUGAGGUUCCUCGUAUGAUCGUUAAUGUCGUUCAGAUCCUGCCCAUGCAGACUCUGAGGGAGGUGCAGAAGCCCACCCCGGGGUGCCUGCUCCAAAGGUCUUUCUGCUCGUGCCUGAUAGAGCCAGUAGCCAGGUCUCCCGAGCUUCGGGAACUGGUAGAAGUCAAUCUGGAGUUCCAGAAAAGACUUGAGGCGCUGCUUUACAGCGAUCGUUUCUUCAGGGAAGACUUCGCCGUCGUUCUUCAGCCUUUUCUGAAACACGCUGACCCUCCCCGCCUCCCGAAUGGGAAGAUCGAUAUGACCUUCUUCACUCACGACUGCUUCCACUUCACCAUAAAGGGACACGAGGAGCUGGCCAAGGGACUGUGGAACAACAUGUUUCAGCCUGAGGGGGGAAAGAUGAUGGUGAGCAGCUUCUCUGACCCCAUCAGUCUCAUCUGUCCACCCAUGGUACACCCGUACAUCUUCACCCGACCGAUGGCAGCAGAGUCCGGUCCGCCGCCUCCACUGCAGUCUGGCGCUCUAUCACAGGCAGCCGCCUUCCUGCUGCUCCUCGUGGGUUUGGCAUGUCUCCGACUUAUGUAGCUUUCGCUUUGCUGGACUAUUUUAGCAUGCUGCUGCUACAUUGGUUGCUGUUGAGGUGAUACAGCAGAUCACAUGCAAAGCACAGUUUGUGAGGCACUCUUUGCAACUUUGCAUGUCUAUGGCCUCAAAGAGCAGCAGACAGGAAAUGACUGCAGUUUUAGGCUCUGAAACCUCGUAGAUAACGUGACAGUGAAUCCUGAAUAUUUAACCUUUAGAGGACGUUCUUGGUGAAAAGUAAUUACAAUAAUAUACUGAAUGUGUAUUUUCAGGGAAAGGUCUGGCUAAGAGCUGCUUUAACUACACUGUAUUACCUAAUAUAAAGUGCAGAUUAAGUAACAAGCAAAGCCUAAGGAUGACUUUUAUGACCUGUAUACAUUCAUACAUAAAACAUUAAACUAGUGAAAGUGUUUUCUUUAAGAAUCUUGAACACCUUACGAAUAAAAAUUUUCAGAUCAACUUUUCUGACAUUA